AUGCAAAUGACCUAUCCUGAUAUCGUCCGCCAGCUCUACGAUCUCGAGCAACUUGCUGAGCCGCCGUCCCAAGGGGAGCGCGGCGGCUGUAUGUCGAGCUAUGACCGGCGGUCUCGCUAUGAUCCCAAAGAAGACAAGUACAUUGACUGGGAUGCCAACGAUGACGGCAAUGGCAUCAUUCGCGAAGAAGGCCAGUGGGUCGUCGCCUUUGAGCAAUAUGGACCCGGUGUCAUUUGGCGCACCUGGUCUGCUAUGCCCGAUGUUGGUCGUAUUCAGAUUUUUAUUGACGAUGAACAUAACGGCAAGCCUGCCAUCGACAUGCCGUUUCGGGACUUUUUCGAUCGCUUCCAAAACAUGCCGCACAAUUUUCCCUCAAUCGCCCCAACUCUAUCGCGCGGUCGCAAUAGUUUUAUUCCCAUUCCAUAUAACAAGUACGCAAAGAUCCGUUUUGGACCGGGUUGGGGAGCCUACUAUCAUUUCACGUACACUUCAUUCCCAAAACAUACAAAACUGCCGUACUUCGACGGUACCUUUGAUCGAGAAGCAUGUCUGGCACUGGCCGCGGCCGACCGUGAGCUGAGUCGGCGUGGCUGGUCUGCGCUCCCUCGGUCGAAAGGUGACACGCUGGAAACAUUUACGAUCACUAUACCUCCUGGAAAAACCCACAACGUACGAGAGCUUAAGGGCAAUCGAGCCAUCACCGGACUGCGCAUUGUGCCCUUGGAUCUUCCUCAGGAUCCCGAACAUACAGCCCAAGUCCUACGAGAACUUGUCUUCCAGAUUACUUGGGACCAUGACAAGUCACCAAGCGUUUGGGCUCCUCUUGGAGACUUUUUCGGCAGCGUCCCCGGAAUACAAACAUAUCGAUCCCUCCCUCAAGGAUCGACAGAUGGCGGUGGCUUCUACAGCCACUGGUUUAUGCCAUUUUCCGACCGCGCCGUGCUCAAGGUGAACAAUGACGGCAGCAAGGAGCAGAAGCUCUUGUUCACCAUCUGCCAUCGUCCGCUUGAGAAGUCAGCCAAGGAAAUGUUGCGGUUUCAUGCAAAAUGGCACCGGGACGCAUUCCUCGAAAAGCCUAUCAAAGAAGGUCGAGAAAUUGAUUGGCCCCUUUUGAUGUUGGACAAUGGGCCAGGUCGGUUCUGUGGUGUACAGAUGCACAUCUGGAACCACUGGAAAGAUCCCAAGGUCCCAGCAAACGACUGGUGGUAUGGCGUCGGGGGCGAGAAAUCCAUUGAUUGGUGGUGGGGAGAAGGGGACGAGAAGUUCUUUGUGGACGGUGAAAAGUUUCCAUCAACAUUCGGCACAGGCUCAGAAGAUUACGUUGGCUACGCAUGGGCAGCGGAACCGCCAUUUCCCAUGUUCGAAAGUGCCUAUGCUUGCCAGCCUUUUAUUGAGUUGGAUGCUAACGGCCAUACAUCGGUUUGCCGCUUCCAUGUGUGUGAUAAUGUACCUUUUCACAAGAGCUUCGAGGCGUACAUCGAAAAGUACAAGCCCAACGACUGGGGUCACGGUAACAAAUGUCUAUACGAUGUGGUCGCAUACUGGUAUCAGAGAGCUGGAGGUUACGAUGCGUACGAACGCGUUCCGAUCAAGGAACGGUACUUGGAGCAGAAGAGCCACGCCGACGAGGGAGUAGAGAAUGCUGGGGAGGAGUUGUAA